AAAGCUUUUAAAGCAAAAAUAAUAUUGGAACCGCAUAAAGGGAUGCCGGGGAAUACCGGUACUUUAACCGUUAAAAAGCCGGUUAUUUGCUUUAAAUGCGGGCAAUUGGGCUAUAUUGCUGCAGCAUGCAAAAUACGAACGGAUAACCCGAAAAUUCCGUUAGCUUUAGCAACCAUACAAAAAGCAAAAAAAAAAAAGCCCGAAGUACGGUAUUACGGGUAUGGGGAAUUGGGUUAUAUCCGGCCGGCGUGCUUUAAAAAAAGCAAAAUAUUGCUACUUAAUUCGAUACCGUUAUUUGGCCGUUUAAAUACCGGGGCUUAA